AUGAGUACAAGAGGGAAAUUUAUUCUCUUUGAAGGUUGUGAUGGUUCAGGUAAAUCAACGCAAUGCAAGCUUCUCGCUAAUUCAGGACUAUUUCCCAAAGUAGAACAGAUGUGUUUUCCUGAUAGAACAACAGAGAUUGGUCAGAUGAUCAAUGCUUAUUUAAAGAAGUCUUCAAAUCUUGUUGACGAAGCAAUCCACUUAUUGUUUACAGCAAAUAGAUGGGAAUUAUCACCAAAAAUCAAGGAACUUUUGAAUAACGGCACAACUAUAAUCUGCGAUAGAUACUAUUAUAGUGGCGUUGUUUAUUCAGCUGCUAAAGGUAUGGAUGUUGACUGGUGUUUGGCUCCAGAAAAAGGACUUCCUCAACCUGAUCUUGUUAUAUUUAUUGAUAUUUCCCCUGAAGUUCAAGCAAAACGUAAGGGAUUUGGUGAGGAAAUAUACGAAAAGACUGAAUUUCAGAAUAAAGUUCGUGAACUUUUCUUAUCACUGAAAGAUGACCGCUGGCGCAUUAUUGACGGCAAUCAACCAUUAGAAAAAGUAUCUGAAGAUAUACAAAAGGUUAUCAAAGAAUAUUUUAGCUUAUAA